UGUUGUGACCAUAACUGACCAAAGUAAACCGCACCUAACGUUCCGUGUUUAAUUUACUCUGGUAUCUAUUAAUUAUACUCAACCCUGGAUUUAUACAAAACUAUAUGAAAUAUUAUAAACAAAAUUUAAUGAAAAUAUAUUUAUAUUAUAUAUUUAUAUAAUCUUAUUGCAUAAUAUCCGAACAUGACAUUCGUGGACAUGGCGAUAAUUUCCCGAUGUUCCUGAAUUCUUAGUAUUAGUAGUAGAUUGUGAUUCGAUCUGAUUCAAAAGGUUCUUUAUUUUAGGAUCCUUUAAAUCUGAGUAUAUUUGUGAAGAAGUUUCGAGUUUGUUUUAAUGUUAUCAUCACUUCAUUAUUGGCGAAAAUUUAAUGCUGGCCAAUAACGUCCUACGAGGAUUCUGGAAAAGUAUCUUGACAUGUUUUAACUUUAUAAGAGCUGGGCCACGCUGAGAUCACACCACGCAGGGGACUAUAACUUACAAAAAAUGCUACGUUCGGUUUUUGGAAGAAUAUAUUUGUUGUCCAAAAAUGAGAGAUAUCCGUCCGGACUAAUGAAGGGAUUUCCCAUCCGAAACUUCAGAACUGCCACAACCGUUUUGCAAUCUCCCGAAGAAGUGAGUGAAUCGCGAAAAAUUGAUCCCGGAAAGGAUAGAACCAAAAUAAUUCCAGUAGAAACCAGCAUCCAGUAUAUUAAAAGCGAUGCUUAUAAAGAAACGUAUGGUGAUCAACAAAGGCAAGGUGUAAUUGCGACAGGGAACCCAUGCCCUAUCUGUAGAGAUGAAUUCUUGGUUUUGGGUCACACUAAUAUAGAAUUACUGAAGCAGUUUAUUUCUCCCCAUACAGGAGAGGUAUUAAGUUAUUCGAAAACUGGCUUAUGUCAGAAACGUCAUUUGGAAUUAUUAGUUGCUGUAAAUAAAGCAAAAGAUUAUGGAUUAAUCACAUUUGAUGUCCCAUUUCGCGUAUAUGACUACUCUGAGUGGAAUACAGAGAAAUAGUUGAUUGUCUGUUAAUUUCAUAAAAAUGGGAAGUAAACGUAGUGCUACAUUUGUCAUUAUUGGCGGAGGAAUUGCCGGAGUGUCUUGCUUGGAAGGUCUGUCUUUUUUGAUGCCUUCAGAGACUAUUAUUUUAAUAAGUUCAUCACCACUGGUGAAGACUGUUACAAAUAUAAUGCCAAUCACAAAGACCCUAUCGCAUUUUGAUGUUGAAGAAAAAAGUUUGGAAGACUUUUCUAAUCUUCAUCCUGGAAUUUCUAUUGUUCAUGCUACUGUAAUUGGUUUGGAUAGUCAGCACCAUUCAGUUAUUCUUACAAAUGGAGAAAUCAUACAGUACAAGAAACUCUGCAUUUGUGCUGGAGGAAAUCCAAAAAUAAUUGCAGAAAACAAUUCUCACGUUCUAGGUAUUAGAGAUACUGAGUCUGUGAAGGAAUUUGAGCUUAAAAUCAAAAAUGCUAGUAAAAUUGUUGUUGUUGGGAAUGGUGGCAUUGCUACAGAGAUUGUUCAUGAAAUUGAAGGGAUAGAAAUGGUAUGGGUGAUUAAAGAUAAGCAUAUUUCUGCUACUUUUGUGGAUCCAGGUGCAGCUGAGUUUUUUCAGAAUCAAGUUAGAAAGAUUGAAGAUAAAAAGGAACGUGAAAGAUCUAUGGUCAAACGACUCAAAUACACUACUACUUCUGAAGGAGCAAGUUCAUCUGUAAAAGGUGCAGCAUUGGGUCCUGAUUGGCAUAGAAGCUUUGAAUUAUCCCAUGAACGGGACGAUAGAUCUAAAGUCAUUAUUGAGUAUCAGUGUGAAGUACAAUGUCUUAAAUCUAGAGGUGAUUUCACAGUUCCUCCUGAUGACGAAUGGCCUAUUUAUGUAGAACUCACAAACGGAAAAAUUAUAGGCUGUGACUUUGUGGUAUCAGCCACUGGAGUAAUACCUAACAGUCAGCUUUUUGUUUCUGGUAAUGAUAAUUUAGAAAUUGCUGAAGAUGGAGGAUUAAAAGUUGAUUGGAAAAUGGAAACUACAGUACCUGAUGUAUUUGCAGCUGGUGAUAUUUGUACUGCUUCUUGGGACAAGGCUCAUCACUGGUUUCAAAUGAGGUUGUGGACACAGGCUCGCCAUAUGGGAAUGUAUGCAGCAAAAUCAAUGGUUGGAUCACUCAGAAGCGAAGAAAUAUUGCAGGACUUCUGCUUUGAAUUAUUUUCUCAUGUGACUUACUUUUUUGGUUUCAAAGUUGUUCUACUAGGUCUUUUUAAUGGACAAAAACUUAAUGGUGAGUAUGAAGUGCUGCUUCGAGUAACAAAAGGUGCUGAAUAUAUAAAGUUAGUCAUGAAAGAUGGAAAAAUGCAAGGAGCUGUAUUGAUAGGAGAAACAGAUUUGGAAGAGAUGUGUGAAAAUUUGAUUCUUAAUCAGUUAGAUCUUACAGAAUAUGGUGAAGAUCUUUUGAACCCUGACAUUGACAUUGAAGACUAUUUUGAUUAAUCCGGAUUCAAACCCGUGGAAAAUAAUAUGAAGUAUUUGUAAAUUUCUUUCUUUCCUGUGUCAACAAAUGUAAUUAUUGGAUUAUGUUUCCAGUGAUUGGUAUAAUUAGAUGUUUAAAAUAAAUUAUUCUAUAGUAAUGUUGUCCUUGUAACUUAUAUCACAACUUAUGAGAUACCAAUACAUAAUUAGGGAGAUAUUUCUUUGCUAUUGACAGGUCGUGACCACAUGGUGUGGUGUUGCCAAAUACAUAAGGUCUUGCAUAGCUGGAAGGGUGAUAAUGUGAUAUCUUUGUUGUCUAUAGUCUUUCAUGCAUUUAUAUUUCAUUCAAGUUUGAGACAUUGAGCUCGGAGACUCAUGACCAAAACCCAAUCAUGUCUUGAGUUGCACAUAUGGGAAUGUUUUCAUUCUGUCGGCAAUGCAAGUCAUUGGGAGAUGUAAUAACUCAAACCCAUGGAAACCUAGAGACGCCACCCAACGCAGUUUCAAAGUUCAAUCUCCCACAGUAUAAUCCAGAUAUCAAGUAAAGUCCCAAGUAAUUCAAAAUUACUUGGGACUUUACAUAUAUCCAUUACCUUAAAAAGCUUCCUAGAGUUAAAUAGAGCAUCAUGAAAUUUGUAGUUUGCACCAGAAAGGCACAUCUUUGAUUCUAAUGACUGGGCUUGAUGCUUAACACAUUGAGUUGCAGGCAUACUCAGUACAUUUACAAAUUCUAGCAGCUCUGAUUCAUGACACUUGUGACUGUAGAGGCAACAGCUCAUAUCCCCCGAGUGAAACGUAAAGCAUUUCUGAAGUAUGUUCUCCAGAUGGCUGCCGGAUGGACUGCCUAUGUCAAGAGUGUAUUCUGUAGUACAGCUUGUUACAUAUAUGGAACAACAUUUCUGUUCAACUUGUAUUUGCUGCUUUUUUCACUAAUUUGCAAAUUUUAUUUCUUAUGACUGAAACAUCCUAAGCAAGUUUUUUCAUUCUUGAAUGCCAAUUGUUGAUUUAGCCAUGGUCACUAAGGUAUUCUUGACCAGGAUGUACCCAUGACUUGGGUUGCUUCAAAUCAUUAUCAAAAAACAUGCUUAAGUGCUGUAUGCCUGUGGUUAAAUUGGAGGGAAAGGCCGGUAUAAAGCAAACAGUGGUUGGUCCACACCAACAGUGACAGGGUAUGUGCAGCUAAGUUCUAACAAUUUUGCUUCUUCUAAUACAUUAAUAUUCAUAUAACCAAUGGUUUGCACUUUGAAGUGCUCUGGUAGUAAAUAUCUAGAAAUACAACAGUUGGUUAGCACUAAAUGUUACAAAAACAUACCGCCAGAGGUCUCUAAAGGCUCCUGAGCACACACAAACACGAUAACAAUAGCUGAGCGCUAUGCGCCCAAAAUUACCGUGGGCAUUAGAGAAUUAAUUAACUUACAUUGUUCAUAGACUACUUCCUGAGUAUGUUAUAGGCUGUACUUGGCCCCUGUGUGAAACCAGUGUGUCUUAUGGCAGGCACUCAAAGUGUUAAGUAAGUAUUAGGAUGGUUAGAUUUCUUAAUGCUUGAAAGGUAAAUGGAGUAUCACAGUUACAAUAGACUUUCACUAAGAACUGAAAUCAUGUCAAGUAAGAAAGUUGUAAAUAAACUUUAUAUACAAUCAGGAACACCGUUUAAAUUCUGAAUUCUUUUCAUUGAGAUUAGGGAGCUAAAUAAUGUUAGACAUUGGAAAUUUAUUGUGUUAUCAUAUGUUUUAUUCAAUACAUUUUCAUUGAAACAUUGGUAACUCAUGAUUGCAUGACUCGUUUAAUUGCAUAACUGUUUUGUAAUAGUGUGAUAAAAACAUAAGGUGUUUUUAAUGAGAAAUGUUACUUAUUAAUAAUGGAAGAGACACAAAUGCAUAGUACUACAUGCCCAUUAGUGAGACAAGAUUCAGAUGUGGUGAAUUAUGAAAUAUUUACAAUAGUAUAAAAACAGUGGAAACAAUUGCCAAAAGUAACUAAUAUAAACAAUAAUACAAAGAAUAACUUAUUUUUAUGUAGUUUUUUCUGACAGGUAUUCAUUUACACAAUAACUGUUUGGCAGGAAUUUGUAAAUCAUUAUUUUAUUAUAUCAUACAUCUUCAGUAAUUAUAUAUUCGUCACAUAUAUUCAGCAUAAGAUGUAAUAUAUAACAUACUCAAGAAGUUGGAUGUACAGAUGUAGUCAGUACUUUGCUCAUUAAAUUUGGUGCGAAGAUAUCUUAAGUACAAUUUGACUUGUUUCUGGCAGUGUGGUCAUUUAUCAUUGAAUUUGACGUGUGGCUUUAAGUUUGUUUUCAUUAUAAUUUCAUAGAUAAAUAAGCAAGGUAGUAGUAGUAGAAUGUUUAGAGAUGUGAAGUACAGUUUACAAGUUGUAGUGCCAAAAAUAUUGGAUAGCGACCUUACCUUUUUCUGAAUAAUGAUGAUUAUUUUGGACAUGGUAGUGUUACCCCAAAAUGUAAUUCCAUAAUUUACUCUGAGGUUGAAAAUAAGAAAAAUACAAAAUUUUAAGGAUUUCAUUAGGGGCCGUCCGUAAAUUAUGUAUUGCCAAUUUGGAGUGUUUUGAAUACCACCUCUCCCUCUCCGGUAACGCACCUGUCAUGUGCACUUGAACUCCCCACUAAAUAUUAUGUAACACUUGCAACAAUCCCCCCCCAUUUCCAAUAAGUAAAACACAAUUAUAAAGUACAAGUUGUAUUAAUUGCAUUUGUGUUAUGCAUUAAAACCUAUUAUAAUUAACAUGAGAAUUAGUUGGUGAUGUCGACUGUACAUAACAAUAAGUUUGGGAAUAAAUUUUCACGUUGGCCAGAAAGUUUUUGACAAGCCAUGCACAUGCCGUUGUGGAUGACACAUACGCUGCAAGUCUACUGCGCCAACAAAUAGGAUUCUAGAAUAUGCAAUAUACUGCAGAUAUGUUUGGAAUUUGUUUUUCAUAAUCUAAAAGAUUCAAUCAGUAUAACAUCAAUGAAAAAUAUGUUUAUUGUAACA